AUGCAUGACUUGAUCAACAAAGUGGACCAAUACGCAUCCUUGCUGAAAGAAGAGGUGCAGAAGAAGACGGCUUCAAAAGGGACUUACUAUCGGAAUCCCGUUAUCAGCUAUGCCGAAGCAGACGAUCCCGCAGAGGCCGAGGGCAAUGAAGUUAAGAUGAGCUCAGCCGAAGUCAGCAUAGACAAGCCGUUUGUCUGCAAAGGACUUGUCAAGGCCGACAAUAGCCGCACAAAGAUUCCUGACGCCAAGUUCGCGACUCGAGAGACAAAGGCCUACACUUUUGAUUUGACCAGGGUCAAAUUGUCCUUCGGCCAUAAAAUUCCGAAACCCAAGGAGCUCAAAGGAAAAACGUUCUGCAAAUACCACAGUUCUUGGUCUCACAACACCAAUAAUUGCGUUGUUCUGCUAGAUGUCAUCCAGAAAUUGAUAGACGAAAAGAAGCUUCAAUUCCCGGAAAAGGCAGCCAUGCAAGUCGACUCUAAGCCAUUCCCCCUGCCGGUCAUCAACAUCGUCAACGCUCAGCUCCGGGCCGAGUACAGGGAAGUUCGUCGGCCUGCAAAAGGGAAGGAGCCGUUGGCUGAACCAGAGCUGGUACCGUGCAGUCUGUGCAAUUCUAAGAUUGGUCGGCCCAGACCGUCGGAAAACAAGAGGAAGGCCAUCGAGCCGUCUCGACCGGCUAUGAGGAAAUUCGGCGGCCAGUACGACCGUCGGCCAGCGAGAAGAGUUGUUUUCGACCAGCUAGGGGCACGAGACCCCAGUACCUCGACAGGCCACAAAGACGGAGCCGCUCCUGUUUGUGCCUAA